CACAUCUACACGUUCUGCCCAGUUCGAUCGGCAACGGGAGCGGAAAGAGGAAAGCUGAGAGCCCGAAGGCAGUAAGCCCCCACCACCGCCGGCCCAGGUUACCAUCUAGCACCGGGAAAAAUAGCAGAGAGCCGCCGCCGGCUGAAGCCAUUACCAACGAGUAGUAAGCAUGAGCAGCGAGGCCGAGACACAACAACAACCUCCGCAGCCUGCUGCGGAUGCGGAGAGCCCAUCCAGUCCGGCAGCCGCAGCUUCAGCGGGGGAUAAGAAGGUCAUCGCAACAAAAGUCUUGGGUACCGUCAAAUGGUUCAACGUCAGGAAUGGAUAUGGUUUCAUCAAUAGGAACGAUACAAAGGAGGAUGUCUUUGUACACCAGACGGCCAUUAAGAAGAACAACCCAAGGAAAUAUCUCCGCAGUGUGGGAGAUGGAGAAACUGUGGAAUUUGACGUAGUCGAGGGAGAGAAGGGAGCAGAGGCAGCUAACGUCACUGGCCCAGGAGGUGUCGCAGUCCAGGGAAGCAAGUACGCUGCGGACCGGAACCGCUAUCGGCGCUAUCCACGAAGGAGGGGCCCUCCACGCGGCGGAGACUACCCAGAGAACUACCAGAGCGACGAAGGCGAGCCCGGCAACGGAGGACGCGACAAGAGCAGAGAGGGGGGAGAGAACGCCCCCGAAGGAGACUCGCAGCAACAGCAGCGCAGACCAGGUUACCCUGGCAGACGGCGCUACCCGCCAUACUUUGUACGUAGACGCUACGGCCGUCGGCCCCCGUACACCAACGCACCACGCGGAGAGAUGACUGAGGGAGGUGAGGGUGACGAAGGCCAGGGAGGUCCAGACCAGGGCAACAAACCAGUGAGGCAGAACUACUACAGAGGCUUCCGACCAAGGUUCAGACCAAGGGGUCCCCCCCGUCCCAGACCGGUGCGGGACAGCGAGGAGGACAAGGAGAAUCAGGGCGGCGAAGGAGGCCAGAAUCAGCAGCCCCGCCAGCGGCGCUACCGUCGUAACUACAACUACCGCCGCAGACGCCAACAGACCGGUGGCAAACCCGGCCAGGAAAACAAAGAGGCCAAGACAGGAGGUGACCCAUCUGCAGAGAAAACGUCCGCUCCCGAGGCCCAGCAGGGUGGGGCUGAGUAGGAAACAACCUGCACACCGGCACCUACCAUCUUGUACCAUCGUCCGGUUUUUCGUUUGUCAACAAGAAGAAACAUCAACCAAGAUCUGAGCAAUAAAGAUUUGACUCUAAGACCGUCACAAGCUUGCACCAUGCAUUUGACCAGAUUACCACUGAUUGCCUGCAGAAUCUAUGCAGACUUGUGUUUUCUUUUCCCAUUAUUUUUAUGUGACAGCUACAAAACAUUUUGGGGAAACAACAAAUGUUUUUCUAAAUCUGUCCUAAGUUUUUACACCAAAUGGUUUUUAAAGAUGAAAAAAAAAAUGAAAUUUGAUAUCUGGUCAGUUUGACAUUUUUAAAUAACUUUUUAUGUAUUCAGACAUUUUAACAAAAUGCAAGCUCAAAUAAAUCUUCAGAAACCAGGAAAA